UAAUGUAGCACAGGCUUGGCAAUAUAUAACCUGUACCUACGGCUGAUAUAUGGCAUAUAAUGUCCGUACUGCAGGAUAUCCGGCAGCAGCGAUUGAAACGUCAUCGUCUAGCGCUUGUUCUCUGUACUCUUUGUUAUAUCAAUUCCAGUGAAGAGUGGACCAUGUGUGUAGUUCAGACCUGAUAGGUGACCAAGUAAACGACUCAUGUAGACGGGAGGGGAAGGAAAGUCGCUGCUACGUGUACCGGUAGGCCUAGCUGACUAGCUUGCAUGUCUCCAUAUACUGGGGUCUGUUCCAGAAUACAAGAAUAGAAAUACAUCCAGAAGAGGUCGUCCGCAGAAGAAGUCAAAAUGGUACCGUGUGGCUGCCUUAAAUUCCCUGACAGAUCGUUUUCUGUCAGAAUGAAAAUCCCCAUGAUCUUGUCUGCUGUGUUGCUGAUUAUCACAGGUUUCAUUCACAUUGGACUGGGAGCCAAGCAGGAAAUGAUGACGCAACACAUGCUAUGUACGUCAGCAGGUCACGUGUGGUGGGUUGGUAUCCUGGGUGUUGUGUUCGGUGUUCCUGCCAUAAUAAUAACAUUAAAAAGUGCAAGAAAGCUUGCUUUGCUGUGGUGCGCCGUGGCCAUGACGGUGGGCAUUAUAGCCAUACUUGUAGACAUGACCACUGUACAGACGUUACCUGUAGAAAGUCGCUGCCAAACCACCACCACGAUAUCACCCAUAACAUCUUCAGUCGCUUACGACAAAGCUCUUGACGUCAUUGGCGAUGACCUAAGCGACCCUCCUAGUGCGAUGUUCCAAACUCCUCUUCUCCUGACAUUGGUGCUGAUGAUGACAUUUAUCUGCUUCGAGGCGUUGUAUAUGGGUCCCAUUAACAUGUUCAUAGCGUGUCAUAGGUGUAUUUGCUGCGAUCCCGAGACAAUUCCUUACAUUGGUCACAGCGAAGAAUCAUCCGGCGCACAUGUCACAUGAGUUGACUAGAUCCAAUACACCGUAUUGUACCUUUGCCAUUUAUCUUCAUGCGGCCAAGUGGACUUUUUUUAACUCAACUCGAAAUACGUGUAUGAGAACAGUUUUUAUUCAUACACUGUAUUAUAUGUCCAAUUGGUUAAGUAUCAAAAGGAUAGCAAAACCAGUUAACCAAUUUGAAUCUCAAUUAAAAUCCUCAUAAAUUGGAUGUUUAUUUAUUUUCUGUACCAUGGAUAGUGUACGUGUACAACUUUGCUCUCGGUGCAGUACGCCCCAGUUUUGUUGAGGUAUCCCUGUACAUAACUGCAUACUAUUAUUAUCAAUCAAUCAAUUUUUCUUUUGAGAUUUUCAUAGAUGUUUUCCCUCACAAAAAAAAAAAAAA